AGCGGCGGCGGCUCCGGUGCAGCGCCCGCGGCGGCGCUCCCGGCACGGCCCGGGAUGGGCUCCGCGCACUCCGUGCCCGCCGAGAUGCGGGAGCUGGCGGACAGGACGGGCUUCACCUCGGAGCAGAUCGAGCACCUGCACCGGCGCUUCAAGCAGCUGAGCCAGGACCAGCUGACCAUCCGCAAGGAGAACUUUGACAGCAUCCCCGACCUGGAGUUCAACCCCAUCCGAGGGAAAAUCGUCCACGCCUUUUUUGACAAGCGGAACCUGCGGCAGGAGUCGGACGGGCUGGCGGAGGAGAUCAACUUCGAGGACUUCCUGACCAUCAUGUCCUACUUCAGACCCAUCGAGAUGAACAUGGACGAGGAGCAGCUCGACCGCUUCCGCAAGGAGAAGCUGAAAUUCCUGUUCCACAUGUACGACUCGGACCACGACGGGAAGAUCACGCUGCAGGAGUACAGAAAUGUGGUGGAGGAGCUGCUGUCGGGGAACCCCCACCUGGAGAAGGAGUCGGCUCGGUCCAUCGCCGACGGGGCCAUGAUGGAGGCAGCCAGCAUCUGUGUGGGACAAAUGGUGGGAGCCUCUGCUGGAGCCUCCUCUUGCUCUCAGGGGCUCUGCUGGCAUCACAAUGGGGCUGGGGGUGUCCCUGCUUCCCAGGGCACCCCCCUGUGCCACAGCAGCUUUGGCUGGAGGUGUUUUUUGCAGGGCCCGGACCAGGUGUACGAGGGCAUCACCUUCGAGGACUUCCUGAAGAUGUGGCAGGGCAUCGACAUCGAGACCAAGAUGCACGUCCGCUUCCUCAACGUGGACACCAUUGCCCACUGCUACUGAGAGGGGAGCAGGAGGAGGAGGAGGAGGAAGAGCAGCACCCAGCAGCAGCUCCAUGUCCUGGCACUCAGCUCUGCCCCACCCGUGUGCCUGUUCCAGGCUGGGGCUGCCCUCUAGAAACAUCAGAGGCUUUUAUCUGUAAUAAAAGAUAUUUCUCUUUUUA